UCAGGACCUUUUCAGAGGCAAAGGCCAAAUCCUUUCAGCUGCACCGCCCUUGCGAUUGUGCUAUGAAGUUGUUGCCCGGCACCUCACUUCCUCGAGGGAGGCUCUUUUCAUUAACAGGACUGGAACACCAAGCAAUGAAAGAGUAUGUGGAGGAGUCGCUAGCAGUAGGACUCAUCCGACCAUCAUCGUCACCGGCUGGAGCAGGAUUCUUCUUUGUCAAAAAGAAGGGCACCUCGUUACGGCCCUGUAGUGAUUACAUGGGACUUAAUGACAUCACCAUCAAGAACAGGUACUGUUCUGCCCCAAGUGUUUAAUAUGUUAAGAAGAUCGAUUUUAUUAGAAAAGAUCUGUUUGUGUUGUUAAUUUUGAGAGUGCAUUACCAGCUUUUAUUUUGAAACUGUAGAAUACAGGAAGUAGGAACCGCUGAGCAAAACGGUAAAAAAAAGCAUGUCAACAGUUGAAAGAUGUAGCACGUUGAAAUCAGCUUAUUCCUGUGCAUGAAUCCGUCAGAAAGCAAUGGCUUUUCACUCCAUUUUCAUUGUGUCACCCGACUUGACCUGUUAAGAAGUCAUUAAAGGAGCAAGCACGCUCACUUCCUGGCUCUUGAAAAUGAGUUUGGCUGGCUGUUUAUUCAUGUUAGCACUUUGGAAGUAAAACACAUGAAGAGAACAGUACAGGUACCCUCUUCCCCUAAUUGCCACUGCUUUUGAGCUGCUUCAAGGGGUCUGGAUCUUCACCAAGUUGGCUUUACGAAAUGCGUACCAUCUGGUACGCAUCAGAGAAGAGGACGAUUGGAAAACUGGCUUUAAUACACCAACAGGCCACUACGAGUACCUGGUGAUGGCGUUUGGCCUGACUAAUGCGCCAGCGGUGUUUCAGAAUUUUAUUAAUGAUGUGCUACGGGAGAGACUGAACAAGAACGUGUUUGUCUACCUCGACGACAUUCUCAUCUUUUCUCCGGACGAAGCUUCCCACAUCGAACACGUCAGGGAGGUGCUGCAGCAGCUACUACGACAUAUCCUAUAUGUCAAGAUGGAAAAGUUUCACCGAACUUCCGUCACAUUCCUGGGAUUCAUCUUGGCCGAGGGACAGAUUCGCAUGGAUCCCAAUGGCCCACUCCCGCCAAUCGCAGGGAGGUGCAGGGAUUCAUCGGAUUCGCCAAAUUCUACCGCAAGUUCAUCAUCCCUUGCUGCUCGCUUGCAUGCCCUCACUUCGCCCCGUAAUUCAUUUGAGUGGGAUGUGACCUGCCAGGUGGCCUUUGAUAGACUUAGGUCGAAUUUCACCACAUCUCCUGUCCUCAUCAUGCCAGAUCCAGAGAGGUAGUUUGUGGUUUGAGGUGGAUGCAUUGGACUCGGGAAUGGGAGCAGUGCUCUCCCAAAGGUGUGCAAGGUAUGGAAGACUUCACUCGUGCGCCUUCUUGUCUGAGAGACUGACGCCGAGAAUGGAAUUAUGAUGUGGGUGAUCGUGAAUUAUUGGCGGUCAAAACGGCACUGGAGGAAUGGAGACACUGGCUGGAGGGAUCACAAGUGCCAUCUCUGGUCCUUACGGACCAUAAGAGGCUUAAACAAUGGCAAACUGGACACACUAUCCCAGAUCCAUGAAGGGGAGAGAACGGACUCAGUGAGUGUUCCGACACUUCUGGAGGCCUGCUUCGUAUCCGGGUUCACCUGGGAGAUCAAGACAUGGCUAAAGAAGGCUUUAAGGGACUCUCCGGGCCCAACCGAAUGUCCUCCCGGCCAUCUGUUCGUGGUAUGGCUCCAUUCCGUUCAUGGUUACCCUCCCUCUCUGUUUCCACCUGCGGCCACCGACUCCGCGGUGUCAUCCGCAUUGGCAGUGGUGAGAUGCUGCAAGCAGACCUGGGAAAUAGCCCGAAAGACACUAAUUCGCAUGGCAGCUCCUACAAAUUCAUGGUGGACCUCAAGAGAAGAAGGGCACCAGCGUUCAAGGUGGAACAACGUAUAUGGCUGUCCACAAAGGAUCUUCUACUGCGGAUGGAGUCACGCAAGCCAGCUGUCAGACGCGAAGCCGAGGCCCAGUCCCGGGAAGGGUCUCAAGUGGCGCUGGCACAAUCUUUGCCUGGAUGUCGACCCAACCCCUGGAAACCACAGGUAUCUUGAAAUCCGGCUCGAAGGAUCAAAUAAUGUCAGGUUUACCAAGCAGACAUUCAUUAAACAGGACAAAAAAAGCAAGCAAAGACACCAGUUCAAGUUUGACAGCUCGCGGGGAGAGAGGAGAGGAACUGUCUCAAAUAAUUCACCAUUGCACUCUCUGAUUAUCCACUCUUCAGGACCUCUAUUUAGUUUUAAGACGCCCCUUAUUAAUAUGGAUGUUACAAAAAGGAGAUGGCAAGCAAAAAAUAGUUGGAAACAAAGUGUACUUGUUUGUUCGUGUGUGUGCAUGUGUGUGGAACAUUGCUGAGUGCAUGUGUUGUCAUCAUUUCUUUAACAGACAACAGAUGCACCUAGUUGUAACUGUUCUGAUGAUUAGAUUUUCUUGUUCUUGUGCUAUCUCCUAUUAAGCAGCUGCCACGUUAUCUAAAGCAAAGCAUUUCUUUAUUGGAAGCAGAUGUAUGAUAAUUAUAUUCACAACUAUUCCUACAUUUACCCAAUGAUCCUAAGAGCUAAGUUGUCUGGGGCUUCACUGCCCUGGUAGGCUCAGCCAAGACAAAUACGCCCUCGAUGAGUGACUGGACAAAGGGCAGCUAAAAGACUCCUCUGGUGAAAACACUAGUUUCCCUUGCUUGGAUGUGGUCACCGGGGCUUCCCUCUGGAGCCAGAUGUGGAGAUGGGACUUGAAGGUAGGUGUUUGGGCCUCAACCCAUGGGGGCCAGCCAAGCACACCUCGAAAAGGUAACGUGCAUACCCAUUUCCAUGGGGUCACCAUCUUUGGGAGGGGCCAUAAGUGCAGUGUGAGCUGGGCUGUGGCCGAAAGCAGGGACCUUGGGAAGCCAAUCCUCUGCUACAGAAUCUGGCUCGAGGGAUGUGGAACGUCAGGUCUCUGAUAGGGAAGGAGCUCAAGCUGGUGUCCGAGGUCAAUAAAUUAUGACUAGAUAUAGUUGGACUCACCUAAACUGCUUCAGCUAUGGUACCAGUCCUCUGGAGAGGGGUUAGACUUUCUCCCACUCUGGAGUUGCCCACAGUGAGAGUCGCUGAGCAGUUGUGGGUAUAUAGUACCUUGUAAAAGUAUUAGGCCCCCUUGAACUUUUCAACCUUUCGCCAUAUUUAGAGGUUUCAUACAUAAAAAAAAAAUAAAAAAUCAACAAGUGGGACACAAUCGUGAAGUGGAACAAAAUUUAUUGGAUAUUUUAAACUUUUUUUCACAAAUCAAAACAUCAAAACUGGGACGUGCAAUAAUAUUUGGCCCCCUUGCAUUGAUUCUUUGUAGCUCCAACUUUUUCUGCAAUUACAGCUGCAAGUUGCUUGGGGUAUGUCUCUUUCAGUUUUGCACAUCAAGAGACUGAAAUUCUUGCGCCUUCUUCCUUGCAAAACAGCUUGAGAUCAGCGAGGUUGGAUGGAGAGCGUUUUUGAACAACAGUCGUCAGCUCUGCCCACAGAUCCUCAAUUGGGUUCAGGUCUGGACUUUGACUUGGCCAUUCUAACACCUCUUCUUCUUUUCCUUUAGGCUUGUCCCGUUAGGGGUCACCACAGCGUGUCAUCUUUUUCCAUCUUAGCCUAUCUCCUGCAUCUUCCUCUCUAACCCCAACUGCCCUCAUGUCUUCCCUCACCACAUCCAUAAACCUUCUCUUUGGUCUUUCUCUCGCUCUUUUGCCUGGCAUCUCCAUCCUCAGCACCCUUCCACCAAUUUACUCACUCUCUCGCCUCUGAACAUGUCCAAACCAUCGAAGUCGGCUCUCUCGAAUCUUGUCUCCAAAACAUCCAGCUUUGGCUGUCCCUCGAAUGAGCUCAUUUCUAAUCCUAUCCAACCUGCUCACUCGGCGCGAGAACCUCAACAUCUUCAUUCCUGCUACCUCCAGUUCUGCUUCCUGUUGUCUGUUCAGUGCCACAGUCUCUAAUCCGUACAUCAUGGCCGGCCUCACCACUGUUUUGUAAACUUUGCCCUUCAUCCUAGCAGAGACUCUUCUAUCACAUUACACACCAGACACCUUCCACCAGCUGUUCCAUCCUGCUUGGACCCGUUUCUUCACUUCCUUACCAAACUCACCAUUGCUCUGGAUUGUUGACCCUAAAUAUUUGAAGUCCUCCACCCUCACUAUCUCUUCUCCCAGUAGCCUUACUCUUCCCCCUCCACCUUUCUCAUUUACGCACAUAUAUUCUGUUUUACUUCGGCUCAUCUUCAUUCCUCUCCUUUCCAGUGCAUGUCUCCAUCUUUCUAAUUGUUCCCCUGCAUGCUCCCUGCUUUCACUGCAUAUCACAAUAUCAUCUCCAAACACCAUGGUCCAAGGGGAUUCCAGUCUAACCUCAUCUGUCAGCCUACCCAUUACCACUGCAAACAGGAAGGGGCUCAGAGCUGAUCCCUGAUGCAGUCCCACCUCCACCUUAAAUUCUUC